AUGGACAAAGUUGUGAGAAUGUCUUCAGAGAAAGGAGUGGUUAUAAUCAGCAAGAGCUCGUGUUGCAUGUCCUAUGCCGUCCAAGUCCUCUUCCAAGACCUCGGGGUUCACCCGACGGUCCAUGAGAUCGACAAGGACCCUGAAUGUCGUGAGAUCGAGAAAGCUCUAAUGAGGCUAGGGUGUUCCACGCCGGUCCCAGCCAUCUUUGUCAACGGGAAGCUUGUGGGUUCGACCAAUGAAGUCAUGUCCAUGCACCUAAGCGGCACGCUAGUUCCACUGGUUAAGCCAUUUCAGGCCAAUCUUUGUUAA